CCUAAAGGCUUUAAGUUUGUAAUGUAAAUGGAGCAACCACCAUACUCUGAAGAAGAACUCACCACUUCUUCUCCACAAGCAAGAAUCAACCAGAAUUCCGAUGCUCCUCGCGGAGGCACACGACAUCCAGUCUACCGGGGCGUCAGGAAACGACGGUGGGGCAAGUGGGUGUCUGAAAUUAGAGAACCGCGUAAGAAAUCACGUAUUUGGCUAGGUUCGUUCCGUGCCCCAGAAAUGGCCGCCAAGGCAUACGAUGUUGCUGCCUAUUGUCUUAAAGGUUGUAAAGCUCAGCUUAAUUUUCCUGAUGAAGUAGAGGAUUUGCCCCGGCCGUCGUCGUGUUUGGCUAGAGAUAUUCAAGCAGCAGCAACUAAAGCAGCACAUUCAAUGAUGAUUAAUGCAGAAGAAAAGAGCAGUUGCAGCAUCACAAAUAGCGACGGUGACAGGGAAAGUGAUGAUUUUUGGGGUGAGAUAGAUUUACCAGAACUAAUGAGUAGUGGGAUGAGUUGGAGUUCGUGUGCAUGGACAAGUUUCGCCGGCGAGUCCACGUUGCAGGAUGGAGAAGCUCCACAGAUGUUCAAGGCAUGUCUGUAACGGGGCAUUAUCGUAGCUAUUAACGUGCAUGUCUGGUACUAGGCUUGUAAAUCUUUACUCUCUUUAUCCUUGUGUCUCACUAUAGAAUGUCAGCUGGUACUGUUAGCCGUAUAUGUAUAAUUUUUUUUGCAAUAUUGGAUUAAUAUUAAUUAAUUGUAGUAUGUGAAGAGUUUUAACAUUAA